AGGAGUUCAGGACGCGCAUUUAACCACAUGCCAGUAACAUCACAUUUCCUCUGGCGCAAAAUCAAUUAAACCUAGUUUCUUUUUUUUCUCCUUCUGGAUUUGCCGCAAAAAUAUCAUCGUCUUAAAACAUUUUUUUUUAUAUGAAGAAUGGGCUGCGCAAUAUCAGGUCUGGCAGCAAAAGCAGAGUUUGGAGAGAGGAACACGGGAGAUGAUGCUGCUGCUUCUGCUGCUGCUGCGUAUCUCAGAGAGGACCAGAUCCAGAUGAUCAAGGAGUCUUGGAAAGUUAUCCGGGACGAUAUAGCCAAAGUUGGGAUUAUUAUGUUCGUCAGGUUGUUUGAGACGCAUCCCGAAUGCAAGGACGUCUUCUUCCUGUUCCGAGACGUGGAGGACCUGGAAAGAUUGCGAAGCAGCCGGGAGCUCCGGGCGCACGGCCUACGGGUGAUGUCUUUCAUCGAGAAAAGCGUGGCUAGACUGGACCAGCUGGAGAGACUGGAUGCUUUGGCUCUAGAGCUGGGAAAAAGCCAUUACCAUUACAACGCCCCACCUAAGUACUACAGUUACGUCGGAGCAGAAUUCAUCUGCGCCGUGCAGCCCAUCCUGAAGGAGAGGUGGACGGCCGAGCUGGAGGAGGCAUGGAAGACCAUGUUCCAGUAUGUGACCGGUCUCAUGAAGCAGGGAUACCAGGAGGAGAGCAACAGACAGCGCCACCUAGCAGUUUCCCCAAAGGAAAGGCCGGACAAGAGGAGCACAGCGCUAUGAGAUGCUUCUUCUCAACCACAAACUGUUACCAGUUCAGCAAUGACAAAUAUGUUUAUGUAUAUAGUGUAUUUACUGUCUCCUUUUCUACAUCGCUCAUGUUUACCACAGUCGUUGUUUGCUACUUUAAAAAAAAAAAAAAAAAGACAUGCAGUGACUUUUAACAAAGCACUUUAUUUCUGAACUUAAAUUCUGCUGCAGGACUCAGGAACACGACGAGACGAUACAAAUGGUUGA